UGUCUACGUCCGACGCGAAGGCCGCCGAAUUCGCGCGGCUUUUCAACUUGUUCGACCGCCUAGCGUCCCGACGCGCACGAACCGCCACAACCAACACCACAAAUAAUGACCGCGAUGCACCAGCUACUCCCGCUGAGAGACAAACUCUCCUCCCCCUCCCAGACAACUUCAGCCCCGUCCUCAAAAACCUCUCCACUAUCGCCACCGCUGGGGUGCACAAGCCACACCUCGAGUACACCCGUCGUCCGCGUCGAAACACCUUGGCAUCCAUCUCCGGCUCGCGACGCGCGAGUGACAUGAGCGCCGCCUCUGCAUCGGGCGAGAGCGCCAUCUCCGAUACUGAGGGCGAUGCCGACGAGGAGUCGCUCGCGCAGUUCCCCCUGGCCGACGAGAGGAAGUACCCGUUCACGUUCAAACACAUGGUGCACAAGCUAUACCCCAAGGACGACUGGGCACGCGCGGUCAAGGAGAUGCUCGAGAAGUCGAAGAACGAAUUCAAGCCGCUUGCCGAGCAGCUUGAGGGGCAGGCCAAGGACUCCGCUCAGAAGGAGGACGACGAAGAUAUUGACGCAGGGAGGAAGGAAGAGGAAGACGGUGUAGUGCGCUUCAAGGUUCCGACGAGUCCUGGAGCCGGCCGACGAGGCAGCGUCUUCGGGGGAACGCACCAGCGCAGCCAGUCCAUCAUAGGAGGUACUUCGAGGGCAAUCAGCCCUCAGCCCACCCGCUCUCCGCGCUCUCCGGGCAGCGGCCUCCAGCCCGAGGUCCGGGCUCUCAAGAAGCGCUGCGUCGGUCGCCGGUCGUCAACGAGCGGGCCUCUGAAUGUCGCUGGACCCGCCGGCACCAUCGGCGGCGGCUGGGUGUACGCUGCGGCCAUCUCCUCUGCUGAGCAACCUACAGCAGAUACAUUUUCCUCCUUGCCGCCUGCCCCGCCCCCAUCGCCCACGACGAAGACCAGCUUCGGGAAAUACGGUGCUUUGGCUGCUGGGAAGCCCAACUUGCCCAGCACGCUCCAGGCCCGUGGGGGUGUCAAGCGUCGUGUUAGUGCAGGCAACCCUGCGACGAUGAUCCCUUUUCAGAUGUUGACGAACAAGGACAUGGAUGUAGAGAGGCAGAUCGUCCGGAAGAGGGCGAUAGUACCUGAGACGAUGGAGGAGAACAACUAGG